UCUUCCUCUGCAAACCGAGCACACUCCCUCCUCAGCUCCUCAGCUGCUCAGCUGCUCACCGAUGACUUCAGGCGGAUCAAACCCAGCAGUGUGUGAUGGGAGCUGAAUAAAACACACGUGUGUGUGUAAAGAGUAAAGAACCGCAGACAGGGUCUCAACAGGAAUCUCUGUUCUUCCCUCCCCACAUCCACACACAAGUCAAAAGAGUGUGUCUCCUCUGAGUGUGCCACGUCUUCACUGAGAUCCUCCUGCUGACCACUGCACGGACUCGUCCCUCGCAGCUACAUCGACAACUGCUCCUCGUGCACUGAGCCAGGAUGAACGACAUUCAGGAGGCCACGUCGCCUGCAACCAGCCUCAGUGGUCCGGCUGCCUGCGUCUCCAAAGUAGAGCUGCGUGUGUCCUGCAAAGCUCUGCUGGACCGAGACACGCUGAAUAAAUCCGACCCCUGUGUCAUGCUCAUGGUGCAGACCAAUGGACAAUGGACUGAGUUGGACCGAACAGAAGUGAUCAAGAGCAACUUGCACCCGGUGUUUGCCAAGGUUUUCACGUUGGAUUACUACUUUGAAGAGGUUCAGAAGCUGCGCUUCGAGGUCUACGACAUCCACGGCACUCACAGCAUCGGGACGCGCGACGAUGACUUCCUGGGAGGUGUGGAGUGCACUCUUGGCCAGAUCGUGGCCCAAAAGAAGAUGGUGAAGCCUUUGUUGUUGAAAUACGGGAAAUAUGCUGGAAAAUCCACCAUCACAGUGCACGCUGAGGAAAUCUCUGGCAACAACGGAUAUGUGGAGCUCUGCUUCUGUGCCAAGAAGCUCGACGAUAAGGACAUCUUCAGUAAAUCAGACCCGUUUUUGGAAAUCUACCGAAUCAACGACGAUGAGACUGAACAGCUCGUGCACAGGACUGAGGUGAUUAAAAACAACCUGAACCCUGUGUGGGAGCCUUUCAAAGUGUCGCUCAUAUCCCUCUGCAGCUGUGAUGAAGAGCGGAAGCUCAAGUGCCUCGUGUGGGACUAUGACUCGAGGGGGAAGCACGACUUCAUUGGCGAGUUCUACACCACUUUCAGGGAAAUGCAGAAAAUUUCCAGUGGAAAUAAGGUGACGUGGGACUGUGUGAAUCCCAAGUACAAGCAGAAGAAGAGGAACUAUAAAAACUCAGGGGUCGUCAUCCUCAGCGACCUCAAGCUCCACAGAGUCUAUUCCUUCUUGGAUUACAUCAUGGGAGGAUGCCAAAUUCACUUUACAGUUGCCAUUGACUUCACAGCCUCCAAUGGAGACCCGAGGAACAGCUGCUCACUACACUACAUCAACCCGUACCAGCCCAACGAGUACCUGAAGGCUCUGAUAGCAGUCGGCGAGAUCUGUCAGGACUACGACAGUGACAAAAGAUUUUCAGCUUUGGGUUUUGGUGCCAGAAUUCCCCCAAAUUAUGAGGUGUCUCAUGACUUUGCCAUUAAUUUCAAUCCGGAUGACGAUGAAUGUGAAGAGAUCCAAGGGGUGGUGGAGGCUUACCAGAGCUGCCUGCCUAAGAUCCAGCUGUACGGCCCGACCAACGUCUCUCCCAUCAUUAACAGGAUAGGCAAGCUGGCAGCAGGCGACGGCAACAUUAAAGACGCUUCUCGAUACCACAUCCUCCUCAUCCUCACGGACGGCGUAGUGACAGACAUGGCAGACACACGUGAAGCCAUCGUGCGAGGCUCGUACCAGCCUCUGUCCAUCAUCAUCGUCGGUGUGGGUAACGCAGACUUCACAGACAUGCAGAUUCUGGACGGGGACGACGGGGUCCUGCGCUCACCGAAGGGCGAGCCGGUCCUGAGGGACAUCGUGCAGUUUGUGCCGUUCAGAGACUUCAAGACGGCUUCACCUGCGGCCCUGGCUAAAUGUGUUCUGGCAGAGGUUCCCAAACAGGUCGUGGAGUACUUCAGCCACAGGGCCAUUUCCCCCAUGUGUCCAAUAAGGGACUUACACACGCCGAUCCUCAGCCCCGUCGCCACCACGCCUACUGAGUAACAAGCCACCCAGGGACCGAGCUUUGGUCACAGCACCAAUCUGGCAAAGUGGGAGGUGGAGAGGGCGCAUGCCUCGCUACUCUGGACAAGAACUGAAGAGAAAUGUCUCUUUUUAGAUGUGCUGUUACUCAUUUAUUUCACUUUUCACUCGCGUUUACACAAGGGCGGAGACUGGUGGUUGUAUUUCUUGGCUCAGAGUGAAUCCAGCCGUUUGCUUCGGCUGAGAAAAGUGACCGUCCACCUGUUUGAGCGUCACGAGUCCUUCCUGAGGACUGUGUGUGUUUUUAUUCUUCUUGUUUUUAUGCAUGCAAGGUAAACCUCUCAGUGCUGAUCCAUCAGUCAAACGCAGGUCUAUUAUCGCUGCCCAUGAAACUCUACACCUCACGUUUGUGUGAUAUGUUCAAUUAUUAUUAUUUUCAGACCACUUUAAGGAUGUACUGUAUACACGGUGCCACGGUCAAAACUGGAUUACCCAACUUUAACAUGUUGACAAUACUAAAUU